AUGUGUGACUGUCUAAAGAAUCGAAAACACUAUAACUCGAUAGUCUUGGAUACAAAAUUUACCGGGAGUGUCGAGAAAAUAUACAAUCUCUUAUUCACCGAUGGAUUCGUGCGUCGUUACCUUAUAGAGCGAGAGCGAUGCACCAAUAUAAAUAUUAGUGAAUGGAUAUCUGACCCAGAUGAUAAAUUAACUCGUACCUCAAGUUUUAACUGGCCCACGGGUCCAAAAUGUUAUUUAAAGGACGAAUGCUUACAUCGAGAUUUUGAUGGCUAUGUCACAUGUCUCACUACCACUAAUACUCCCGAUCUACCAUAUGGAAGCUAUUUCAGUGUUAAGACUCGGACGUGUAUCAUGUGGGCUGGGGCGAAUGAAACUCGCGUUAUUGUCACCGCUGCAGUGGAAUUUUUGGAUUCAACAUGGUUCAAAGUGAGAUCUUUGCUUAGUAAUUUAGACAUGAUCGAAAAGGCUGCUCUCGAUGGCCAAAAGCAGUAUCACAAACAAAUUGCACUUGCAAUCCGUAGAUAUAUUGCUGCUGAGGAGGGUGGAUUACCUGUUCGUGGGGUUAAUGAAGUCAUGGCUGACAGCGAAACACAAUCGUCAGUUUAUCGUUCAAUACUUUGGGUUGUCAUUGCUUGCGUAUUAGUUUAUAUUGCUUGUGGAUUAGUUUCUACGGUUGUGAACAAAUUCUAUAAUUGGUUAGGAUCAACUGAUAAGCUAUCAGGCGAUGUAUUUUAUGAGUCACAAAGACUCAGAGUGUAUUCAUCGAUGUUUGAUGAUGCGGAAGGAGAUCAUCUUUGGGUUUGGAUAAGUGAGAAACAUGAAGAAUCUAAAAGUGAUGAAACUAAUACAUCUGAGUUGGACGAAAACCCAUCAACAAUCACCUCUAAUUCCACGUCUGAAAAUCAGUCUUCGUCAGAGAGCAACGAAUCAAAUUCAUAUCCAGAACGUCGUCAAAAACUUAAAAACCACUUUAUGAAUUAUUUUGAACACUUUGAUAAUUUUGGAGAUCGAGCUCUCUCUCGGCCUUCAAAUUCUCGAAGACAUCCUUUAGCAUCAUCUUCUGUGCCUCCUACUCUGGACGAUAUUCACGGGCAAAUCGAAGAUUUACAGCAUUUACAGCGUCUUGUUCAUGCUGCUCAAUAUCAGGCUAAUAAACUUGCCGAUAUUGCCGAAGAAGAGCGAGCCUAUCUUCUUCAACUAGAGAAAAAUAUGCUGAACAAUUCUAAAUUAAAUGAUUUGCGCAAUACACAAUCUACAAAUUCACCAUGGAAGAAAUGCAAUGCAUUCUCAACAGUUUAA